AUGGAUGCCGCAGCUCUCCAACUGGUUCAUCAAUUCAUGGGUCAUGGUGUGGAAGCCAAUGAGGCUGCUCAGGUCUCUGUACCUGCCGUUUCACUCACUACAGCUGUCAUCCUUAUGGCUGCACAGUUUGGUUUCAGUGAGCACAUUUUCCAUCUCCAUGCCCUUCGACCCAUUUACUUGUUGCUAGCUGCCUUGCUACCAGCAGCUGCAUUUACCUUGUACCUCGUGAACCGCUCCCACUAUGUAUAUCUAGUCGACUAUGCCUGCUUCAAGCCAAAUUGUAACUGCCGUGUUCCCCUGGCUUCAUUCAAAGAGUACAUGACGCAAUGCAUGCCAUUCCUUGAUGACCGCAGCAUCCACUUCUUAACACGUAUGAUUGACCGCUCUGGCCUCGGUGAAGAGACUGCCUUGCCGCCUAGCCUCCAUUACAUACCUCCGAGCUUUGGUUUUAGUCAGGGCCAUGCUGAAGCUGAGUUAAUCCUGUUUUCAACAAUUGAUGACCUGUUCAGUAAGACAUGCAUCAACCCAUCUUCCAUCGAUUUACUGGUUGUUAACUGCAGCUUAUUUGCCCCAACACCAACCUACAGUGACAUGAUCAUAAACAGAUACAAGCUUCGCAGCGAUAUCCGCAGUGUGCACCUGUCUGGUAUGGGGUGCAGUGCGGGUCUCAUUUCGGUGGGGCUGGCCAAGAACCUGUUGCAGAUCACUCCACAUGCCUCGUAUGCAUUAGUGGUCUCUACGCAGUCAAUGUCGCACAUAAAUUAUCAAGGAAGGAAACGAGAAAUGCAUCUGCCCACCGUCCUAUUCCAAAUGAGUGGUGCCGCUGCAUUGCUAUCGAAUUCAAGGAAUAAGGUGCGAUUCCGACUCAAACACCUUCUGCAAAUGAUUACAAGCACCAGCGAAAGUGCUCAUCGGUGUGUCAUGCUGGACGAAGAUGGCGAGGGAAACUUGGGGAUGAGCCUUUCCAAGGACCUUAUUGCUGUUUCUGGUGAGGCAUUGAGGACCAGUAUCAGUUCCAUUGCGCCCCUUAUCCUCCCAGUAUCAGAAAAGCUACGGUUUUUGCUUUCCUGCAGAUCGAGGAAGGUUCUCAACGGCAAGGUGGCACUGUAUGUUCCAAACUUCUGCGUGGCGAUAGAGCACUUCUGCAUUCAUCCCGGUGGACCAGCAGUGAUUGAUGCUGUCCAAGAUAGCCUCCGUCUAUCUGAUAGCCAUGCCGAGCCGUCACGAAUGACGCUUCAUCGUUUCGGGAACACAUCAAGCAGCUCUUUGUGGUACGAGCUAGCAUACAUUGAGGCGAAAGGUACCAUGCCAACAGAAUGCUUAGCUUCUAUGCACCAGAUGGGCCAACAAGGAACAUACAACCAAGGAAUGGGUUAUAUGCAACCUCAGGGUUGUGUUUGUCUGAGUGUCAAUGUGGAUGGCAAUAGCUGCAUGAUUUCUGUUGGUGCUUUGAAUGGUUUACUGAACAGUAUUUAG